CUCUCAGCUUUCCCAUGUUGAUUCUCGGCCUCCUGCCCCUCCUCCUGUUGCCGGGCCCUGGUUGCCGUGCGGCUGACAUUCCGGAGGACACCACGGCAGAGUUCUCCGUCAGACUGUACCACCAGCUGCAAGGCGCGGGGGGGGGACGACAACAUCAUCUUCUCCCCCCUGAGUGUGGCUGUGGCCCUGGGCAUGGUGGAGCUGGGGGCCCGUGGGGCCUCCCUCACAGAGAUACGCCAGGCUGUCGGCUUCAGCCACCUACCUACAGGUAUACACACCUUAGAACACACACACACACACUCACACAGCCACCUCCCAGUAAGUAAGACGUAUGUCUGUCUCUCUGUCCGUCUCCCAGAUGAGGAGUUCUCUCUGCUCCAGAACCUGACAGGGGCUCUGUCUGAAGACGACGCUCACUACAUCAUCAGAUUGGCCAACUCCCUCUUCCUGCAGAGUGGCGUGACCUUUAACCCGGAGUUCCUGCGGCUGAUGAGGAAGUACUUCCGGGCGGAGGUGGAGACGGUGGACUUCAGCGAAUCAGCCGCCGUGGCAGAGCAGAUCAAUGGCUGGGUAGAGAACCACACUGAGAGUGAGUCUGUGUGUGGAAUCAAUGUCACCUAAUGCUGAUGCGUGUGGUUAUACACUGAGUGUACAAAACAUUAGGAACACCUGCUCUUUCCAUGACAAAGACUGAUCAGGUGAAUCCAGGUGAAAGCUAUGAUCCCUUAUUGAUGUCACUUGUUAAAUCCACUUCAAUCAGUGUAGAUGAAGGGAGGAGACAUGUUAAAUAAAUAUUUUUAAGCCUUGAGACAAUUGAGACAUGGAUUGUGUCAAGAACUGCAACACGCUCAACAGUUUCCCGUGUGUAUCAAGAAUGGUCCACCACCCAAAGGACAUCCAGCCAACUUGAUACAACUGUGGGAAGCAUUGGAGUCAACAUGGGCCAGCAUCCCUGUGGAAACCUUUCGACACCUUGUAGAGUCCAUGAUCCCGAUGAAUUGAGGCUGUUCUGAAGGCAAAAGGGGGGGGGGUGCAACUCAAUAUUAGGAAGGUGUUCCUAAUGUUUGAUAUACUCAGUCUAUUUACAGGCAUGCAUGUGCAGUGCCUUCGGAAAGUAUUCAGACCCCUUGACUUUUUCCACAUUUUGUUACGUUACAGCCCUAUUCUAAAAUGGAUUAAAUAAAAAUAGAAAACUCAGCAAGCUACACACAAUACCCCAUAAUGACAAAGCGAAAACAGAAAUACCUUAUUUACAUAAGUAUUUAGACCCUUUGCUAUGAGACUUGAAAUUGAGCUCAGGUGCUUCCUGUUUCCAUUGAUUAUCCUUGAGAUGUUUCUACAACUUGAUUGGAGUCCACCUGUGAUACAUUCAAUUGAUUGGACAUGAUUUGGAAAGGCACAAACCUGUCUAUAUAAGGUCCCACAGUUGACAGUGCAUGUCAGAGCAAAAACCAAGCCAUGAGGUCGAAGGAAUUGUCCGUAGAGCUCCGAGACAGGAUUGUGUCGAGGCACAGAUCUGGGGAAGGGUACUAAAAAAUAUCUGCAGCAUUGAAGGUCCCCAAGAACACAGUGGCCUCCAUCAUUCUUAAAUGGAAGAAGUUUGGAACCACCAAGACUCUUCCUAGAGCUGGCCGCCCGGCCAAUCUGAGCAAUCGGGGAGAAGGGCCUUUGGUAAGGGAGGUGACGAAAAACCCUAUGGUUCCUCUGUGGAGAUGGGAGAACCUUCCAGAAGGACAACCAUCUCUGCAGCACUCCACUAAUCAGGCCUUUAUGGUAGAGUGGCCAGACGGAAGCCACUCCUCAGUAAAAGGCACGACAGCCCGCUUGGAGUUUGCCAAAAGGCACCUAACGACUCUCAGACCAUGAGAAACAAGAUUCUCUGGUCUGAUAAACCAAUAUUGAACUCUUUGGCUUGAAUGCCAAGCGUCAAACUGGCACCAUCCCUACGGUGAAGCAUGGUGGUGGCAGCAUCAUGCUGUGGGGAUGUUUUUCAGCGGCAGGGACUGGGAGACUAGUCAGGGUCGAGGCAAAGAUGAACGGAGCAAAGUACAGAGAGAUCCUUGAUGAAAACCUGCUCCUGAGCGCUCAGGACCUCAGACUAGGGUGAAGGUUCACCUUCCAACAGGACAACAACCCUAAGCACACAGCCAAGUCAACACAGGAGUGGUUUUGGGACAAGUUUCUGAAUGUCCUUGAGUGGCCCAGCCAGAGGCCGGACUUGAACCCGAUCGGACAUCUCUGGAGAGACCUGAAAAAUAGCUGUGCAGCAACGCUCCCCAUCCAACCUCACAGAGCUUGAGAGGAUCUGCAGAGAAGAAUGGGAGAAACUCCCCAAACACAGGUGUGCCAAGCUUGUAGCAUCAUACUCAAGAAGAAUCAAUGCUGUAAUCGCUGACAAAGGUGCUUCAACAAGUACGGUACUGAGUAAAGGGUCUGAAUACUUAUGUAAAUGUUAUAUUUCAGUUAUUUAUUUGUAAUAAAUGAGCACAAAUGUCUAAAAACCUGUUUUUGCUUUGUCAUUAUGGGGUAUUGUGUGUAGAUUGAUGAGGAAAAAAAACAAUUUAAUCAAUUUUAGAAUAAGGCUGUAACGUAACAAAAUGUGGAAAAAGUCAAGGGGUCUGAAUAUUUUCUGUUAACCACCGGUAGAACCAAUAGCCCUGUGUGUGUGGUGUGUGUGUGUGUGUGUGUGUGGUGUGUGUGUGGUGUGUGUGUGUCUCCAGGUAAGAUCCGUGACCUGUUGUCAGCUGAUGACUUCAGCAGUGUGACCCGGCUGACCCUGGUCAACGCUGUGUACUUCCGGGGCAGCUGGAAGAACCAGUUCAGACCGGAAAACACCAGAACCUUCUCCUUCAGCAAAGACGAUGGGAGCGAGGCCCAGACACUCAUGAUGUACCAGCAGGGAGACUUCUACUACGGUAGGUGUGUGUGUGUGUGUGUGUGUGUGUGUGUGUGUGUGUGUGUGUGUGUGUGUGUGUGACAGCAUAUGUGAACUCUCAUGUACCAGUCGGAAUAGAAACAGGUCCUCCAAGAAGAUGCCUGUAUAUAAAUCACACACUCUCAAACACACACACACUCUCACAAACACACACACUCUCUCAAAAACACACACACACACUCUCUCAAACACACACACACCCUCACAAACACACACACACUCUCACACACACUCUCUCAAACACAAAGUCUGAAGACCGACCCCAUGCCGUGCUGCUACUCCCUCCAACCAGACGGCCUACAUUCAGAGCUUUACUAAAAGAGCUGAUCUAGCACAAACGCACGCACGCUGACACGCACACACACACACACACACACACACACAAACCCUUUUGCACCAAAAAUAAAAUGUUCCAGAAAGUGCUAUUCUUAUCUUCCAUAGUCUGUCUCUUCUCUCUCUCACAACCACAGACUCUCCUCUGAUUAAGUCCUUAUAUUAAACAUAAAAUAAAUUGCCUGUCUGUCUGUCUGUCUGUGUGUCUCAGGUGAGUUCAGUGAUGGUUCUUCCGAGGCGGGUGGUGUGUACCAGGUGUUGGAGAUGCCCUAUGAAGGAGAGGACAUGAGCAUGCUGGUAGUGUUGCCCAGACAGGAGGUCCCCCUGGCAGCCCUGGAGCCCAUCAUCAGAGCCCCUCUCCUGGAGGAGUGGGCCAACAACGUCAAGAGACAGAAGGUGGAGGUCUACCUGCCCAGGUGAACGACACAAGACACACACACGUUUAUCUCUGUUUAUGUGUUGUCAGGUUUGAUGUGAGACACACGCUGGCUCACACACACACUCACACACUCACACACACACUUGUUCCAUUGUGUGUGUGUGUGUGUGUGUGUGUGUGUGUGUGUGUGUGUGUGUGUGUGUGUGUGUGUGUGUGUGUGUGUGUGUGUGUGUUGUGUGUGUUGUGUGUGUGUGUGGUGUGUGUGUGUGUGUGUGUGUGUGUGUGUGUGUGUGUGUGUGUGUGUGUGUGUUUGUGUGUGGUGUGUGUGUGUGUGUGUGUGUGUGUGUGUGUGUGUGUGUGUGUUGUCAGGUUUAAGGUUGAGCAGAAGGUAGACCUAAAGGAGACUCUGCAAGAUCUGGGCAUCAAGAAGAUCUUCACUAAAGAUGCUGACCUCUCCGCCAUGACAGGUGAGAUGGCAGGUAAAAGCCCCGCCCACGCCACACACACACACACACACACACACCUCUGCCAUGACAGAUGAGAUAACUGUUAUUAUUGGUCUUUAGUUGGAGUAGUUGUGGGGAAAACUGAGGUCUGAGGAAAAAGCAGCAGUGGGUUUAAUACAUCUAAUCUAAUUAUACAAUAUGAGGUGGGGGAACAUCAAACAGCAUCAGAGAAACUGACCAUCCUCCUGUAGAAAGAUUUCAGGUUAAUACUUUGUGUUUAUGUGUUCAUGUGAAUCAUCAGUGUGUCAUCCUGGUGACCUUGGUCCCGGUACUUUCAGGGAUGAGCUUUGGCAUCCCUUCCUAUCAACAGAGAACCAGUACAAACUAUUCCAAACCAACAGAUAGCUAACCAUUACAGUUAUAACCAGGGAGCUUUUUUUGACAGCAUUUCAGGCAUCCAUCUGACACAGAGGCAUAUAUUAAGAGACUUCAGCCAGGUUUUAGAACAGCGCCAUGUUGCCGCCUUUAUUCUCUAAAUGUUGGUGAUGUCACAAUGCGAGAGCAGUUCCCUGUGUGUAAACAGAGCCGCGAAUUUACCAGACCUUUUUAUUGAUUAGCAUUGGGGAUAAUGUGUAUCCAAGUCUUUACUGUGUUGUGGUGUCAACAAAUUGCAUAUCUGCUUUCAGUGGACAUCUUUAUAGGUUUAAAAAACUAUCAGAAAUAAACAGCAUAUCGCUGAGGCAUACAUUAUCACUUAGCAACGACGAUGGAGGAGAAAGUGGCGCUCUCGGAACGUUCAGACAGAAAACGCAUUGGCCCAACUCUCUCUAUAUGACUCUGAUCAGACGGAAAGAGCUACCUUGAAAAUCUCUACCAAGGGAUCUCAAGCUGAGUGGGUAGGUCAGAUUGACAGAACAGCGCCGCGCCUCAGAGGGUAAAAAUAGACAGGGAGAGAUCUUUAACAGUCUCAGCCAGGAGAGUUAGAAACACUUCACCUGUUGGAGUGUGAAAUGAGUCUCCUCUUUGUGUUUCUACUUUACCAUUCCUGUGUGUGUGUGUGCGUGUGUGUGUGUGUGUGUGUGUGUGUGUGUGUGUCUGCGUGCGUUUUAUUAUAUUGUUUGUUAUUCAGAUAAAAACAAAACAACAUACACAUUAGACUAACAUCAACAUAAGAGUUUUACUAACACUAUCCCAACCCACCCCAGCCCCUCCAGAGGUAAUGUGAGUCUUGUGUCAAUAGGCUUAGUGGAUGAUGUAGACGUGUGUGUUGUUCCAGAUGGUAAGGACCUGUUCAUUGGGAAGGCGGUGCAGAAGGCCUACCUGGAGGUGACCGAGGAGGGUGCAGAGGGAGCUGCAGGAUCAGGUGACCUUAUAGUUGCAUCAUCACCCCCAGCAGCACCUCCACCAGCCCUCAUCAGAGGACCUCUUUAUUUCCAAGCUGUACACUUUCUCUGUUCUCCUUACUGUCUACUGACCUCAUAGUUAACUUCCUGAAAUGACAUUCUGUCUGCAGGGUCUAUCUUUACUGUCUACCGUCUUUCUGCUCUCUCUCUCUCUCUCUCUCUCUUCUCUCUCUCUCCCUCCUCCUCCUCCUCUCUCUGUCUCUCUCUGUCCUCUCUCUUCUCGCUCUGUCCCUCUCUCUCUCUCACUUCUCUCUCUCUCUGUCUCUCUGUCUCUCCUCUGUCCUCUCUGCUCUCUGUCUCUCCUCUGUCUGCUCUCCCUGUCCUCUUCUUCUGUCUCCUCUCUCUCGCUCUGUUCUCUGUCUCCUCUCGUCUCUCCUGGUCUCCUUGUUCUCUUCUCCCUCUGCUCUGUCUCCCUCCUCUCGGUUCUCUCUCUUUCUGUUUUUUCUCUCCCCCUCCUCUCCUCUCCUCUCUUUCUCCCCCUUCCUCUCUCCUCUCCUGUUUCUCUGUUCUUUUUCCUUGUCUCUCUCUCCCCCUUCUCCUCUCUCUUCUCUCUUUCCCCUUCUCUCUUUCUCUCUCUUUUUCCCCCCCUUUCCCUCUCUCUCCUUCCCCUCUUCUCUCUCUCUCUUUCCUCCCUAUUUUUUUUUUCCCUUUUCUUUGGGGUUUUUUCAUUCCCUGCUCUCUCUCUCUUUUGCUUUUUGUUUCUUCUCUCUUCCCCCUUUCUCUUCUUCCCUCUCUCCUCCUUUUUCCCCCCGCCCCUCUUUCCUCCCCCCUCUUUCUCCCUCUCUUUCCCUCUCUUCCUCUCUCCUCCUUUUUUUCCCCGUCUCCCCUUUCCUCUCCUCUCCCUUUUCUCUCUCCUCCUUUUUCUCUCUCCCCUCUCCUUUUUCUCCCCAUCCCCUUUUUCUCCCCCCCCUAUUCCCAGUUUUUUUCUUUCUUUUGGGGAAUCUUUCGAUCAUCCCUUUUGCUUUUAAAAGGUUUUUUUCCAUAGGGUUUCAAAAAAUGCCCCCCCUGCUGCUGACUGUUCAGAGUGUCAGUGGAUUUAAAUGUCACUGGGAGAAUCUUGAUUGCAUACUCCUCGCGUCCUCUCUCCUCGCCUCCUUCUCAAAACCCAUUGGAGGAGAAGGACAGAGGGGCGGGACCUCUGGCUUUUUCAUCUAAUGGGUUUUGAGAAGGAGGCAAGGAGAGAGGAGAGAGGACGUGAGGAGUAUGCAACUGAGAUUCUCCCAGUGUCUUGAAAGUUCUCUCUCUCCGUCUCUGUGUCCUGUAGGAAUGAUAGCCCUCACCAGGACUCUGGUGCUGUACCCUCAGGUCAUGGCUGAUCACCCGUUCUUCUUCCUCAUCAGAAACCGCAGGACAGGUGUGUGUUAUACUGUCGGUCUGUCCGUCGGUCUGUCCGUCGGUCUGUCUGUCUCUGUCUUCUUAUAUACAGUAUGUGUCUGACCCUAGUGUCUUUCCUGACAGUUGCUUUCUCUCCCCCCCCCCCCCCCCCCCCCCCCCUCCUCCUCAGGUUCUAUCCUUUUCAUGGGCAGGGUCAUGACACCAGAGGUCAUCGAGCCUACCGACUUCGACAAUGACUCAAUGUAACUAUGACGACGGCCAAUGGGAUUCCAGUGUGCUGCUAUCCUGCUAUGAGGUCAUAUGCUCAAAAACCAAUCAGAUCCAGGCAAAACGACACCAUAAAUGCAACCUUUCCUCUCCCCAUCGUUGGCUGUGUUUUUAUACUCUUAUCGAGAAUAUAUAUGAUUCGCAUUCUAUAUGAUAUAUUAUAUAUAUAUUGAUAUAUACAUAUAAUGUGACUGUGUUUUGAUACUGUAAGCUUUAACCACUUGGUAAGAGAGAGGGAGAGAGAGAUGUAAAUAUAUAGAAAGAAAAGUAAUGGGUUCUAUCAUCUAUUGGAUCAGUAGAAAGAAAUGAUACAUCCAUGCACUGCCCCUGCUAUUUUCACUAGCCACACAAACACAUACACACAUGCUCUGUUGUUUAAAGUGUUAAGGUGUGUGUCUCCCAAAUCACCACCAUUAUAUUCCUGUACAUUUACUACUGUGUUAUAUAUGAGACUAGAUAUUUAUUGCAACAACAAAACAAAAAACAUGUGUGCAGGCAAUAUAUGUAUUUAAUCACACAGAAUCUUAGUAAUUCUAUUUUAGUUCCUCUGGGAGUUUUUUCUUGCUAGAAGUACCUGGCUAAAAUACUGACAAACUAAUAUGCCUUCUGAGUUGUUGAUUUAGUGGAGGCUUUCGCAGACAGGUGAACGGGUUUGCGUAAAACAGGUUGCUAUUGAGAAGAGGCGUGCAGGUUGGGUAGGAUACUGCACAGGCAGGAAUUAUAACACCAGCUAUAUUCACUCUUUUACUGAAAUAAAUAUGAAUGUGUUCCAGUUACAA